CGAGGCGAGGCGCGCGCCGCAUCCUCUCCUCUCCUCCGCCACACAAACUCCGCUCCGCUCCACCGCCGGCAAUGGCUUGAGCCGAGCGCCGCAUCCUCUCCCUUCCCCUCCUCGCACCGACCGGGGACAGGCAAUGGCGGCGCGUCCGCCGCCCAGCCCGGCCUCCACCCCGCGCCGCCACCACCACCACCUCAGCCCGGCCGCCAGGCCCGGCCGCCGCGACCGCCAGCUCGCCCGCUGCUUCCCGGAGCCGUUCCCCAAGCCCCCGAACCCCCCGAACCCGCUCCUCUCCCUCCUCACCGCCGUGCCCGACUGGGCGGACGCCGUGUCGGAGCGGCGCAUCCGGGAGCCGCGGCCGCUCUACACGCACGAGCAGUGGCGGGAGCACCGCAGCUCGCUGCGCCACCUGCGGCACCUCCUCUCCUCGCUCUCCUCCCGCGUCAUCCUCUCCCUCGUGCCGCCCGUCUCCGCCUUCACCGCCUUCGCCGCCGCCGUCGCCACCUACAACACGCUCGCGCCGGACUACGCGCUCACCGCCUCCUCCCUGCCCUACCAGCUCACGGCCCCCGCCCUCGCGCUCCUCCUCGUCUUCCGCACCGAGGCCUCCUACGCGCGCUUCGACGAGGGCCGCAAGGCCUGGAUGCGCGUCCUCGCCGGCGCCACCGAGCUCGCCGGCAUGGUCAUGCAUUCCUGCGCCGGCGCCGGCGCCGGCGAGCGCGGGGACAACGACACCGGCACGGGCGCGCUCGUCAACUACAUCCUCGCCUUCCCCGUCGCGCUCAAGUGUCAUAUCACCAGCAACUCCGACAUCAGAAAGGACCUUGAGGGCUUGCUUGCAGAAGACGACCUGAAUGUUAUCAUGAGCUCAAAACACCGGCCUCGUUGCAUCAUCGAGUUCAUUUCGCAGAGUCUCCAGAUUUUGGAUUUCGAGGAACAUAAGAGGAGCGUCAUGGAGUCUAAACUGUCUUGUUUUCUUGAAGGAAUUUGUGUGUGCGAGCAGAUCAUCGGGAUCCCUGUUCCUCUGUCUUACACUAGGCUUACCUCAAGGUUUCUUGUCCUAUGGCAUCUUACACUUCCAAUCAUACUAUGGGCUGAAUGUAAAUGGAUAGUCGUUCCAGCCACUUUUGUCAGUGCUGCCUCCUUAUUCUGCAUUGAGGAAGUUGGUGUUCUCAUCGAGGAGCCGUUCCCGAUGCUAGCGCUCGAUGCACAGUGCAAGCAGCUCCACGACAGCAUGCGUGACAUGAUGUCGGUGCAAGGCCUGGUCCGAAAGCAACUCGUCGCCAAGACCAAGGGCCGCGGCAGAGGCGGUAGGCUCCCGCAGAACGGCUGGCCCGUCUCCAGCCCCAGGAGCGAGCAGGUGAAGGUCGACUGAUGGAGCUGGCUGAUGGCGAAUCAUUCAAGAACAGCGGCAGUUGGAAGCAACCGAAGUGUCUGCGGUUUGUGAUGUGCAGUCCCACUUCCAGGUAUUGAUGCUGCUGCUGCUGCAACGAACAGCAGCUUGCCAGGUCCACUCUCCACUGUGUGAGAGUUAACACAAGCUGGUCCACUGAUUUGUUGUGGCUGAGCAGGGUCCCUGGAUUGAGUAGUGAAGUAGUAGAAUAAAGUGGUGAGGAUGCAGUGUAGUGUAGCUCCGACCUCACUUGAGUAGGUAAGUAAAGUGUACCACUAGCAGCAGCAGCAUCUAGAGCAUGUAGUAGGAAUGAAACUGGAUCAUGUGCCAGCCGAUGUGGCAGCUUUUGUUCUCCAGUAAUAUCUACCCCAGCUUUGUAUAUAGUCCUGGUGAGCUAUUUAUUUGUCUGUAAGAGUACAAUUAGAGUACUGGUCAUAUGAAUGCAUGGCAGUU